AUGGAGAACAACCGCGCAAGGCUCUCCAGAGACGGAGGAAUGCCCGGCAAGUGUGGGGAGAAAGCUGCUUUUGACAAAGCUUCGACAGAGCCAAGAACCACCGAGAAAGGCGAAACGCUUUCAAGCGACGAGGAUGGAGGCUUUGAGAGCGAUCAGGUGGUGAGCACCGCCGCUGAUCUGGUCACCCACAUUAUCAAGGUCGAGGAUGAUCUCUCGCUCAACCCUUGGAGUUUUCGGAUGGUCUUCCUAGGGGCCGGAUUGCCAAUUUUCGGCGGAGUCUUGCAGGAGUUCUCUUACUUCAAACCGCAGACCAUUUACGUCUCACAAGUCUUUUUGACCGUCAUUGCCUAUGUUCUGGGCGAGUUGAUGGCCUAUGCCAUUCCGCGUCGCGGCGUUAUUGGACGGCUGUUGAACCCCGGGCCGUUCAAUUCCAAAGAACUCGCUACCAUUGCCCUCAUGUCUUCAGCUGCAACUCAGUCUGCAAUGGCCACUGAGGCUCUGUCAGCUCAGGAGCUUUUCUACGUGGCUAUCCCAAUCACGCCGCUGCUGUCUUCGUCGUCCUCUCUUCCCAGCUCAUUGGAUUCGGUAUCGCGGGUCUGUUGCGCGACAUCUUUCUAUAUCUUCUUUGGGGUGCUGUUCGUCUGGACCAUCAUUCCCGAAUACAUCUUCCCCGUGCUGGAGGGCGUCUCCAUAUUCUGCUUGGCCAACCAGCACAGUCUUGUCUUUACCAAUCUCUUCGGCGGGGCCUCCGGGAAUGAGGGUCUAGGAUUUCUUUCUUUGUGCUUCGAUUGGGACUAUAUCGCAUCUCUGGGUUCACCACUCUGGUAUCCGCUGUAUGCCAUGACCAACAACUUCAUUGGCUACAUUGGAUGCAUUAUACUCUUCAUGGGGGAACAGGGUCUACCCUGGUUGACCGGGACUUACGUCGUCUAUCUCAUCACAUCGAACAUGGGUCUGACCGCCACAUUGACGCACAUGUUGCUUUGGAACUUUGAAGACAUCAAGAUAGGCUGGGAAUGGGCUGCACCGAGCCGGCUGAAGAAGUGGCUCAAGCUUGAGACGUACAAGUUCUGGGCAAACCAAGAAACCCCGGAGGAGCGAUUGCAGCGUCGCGUCAACGACGAGACGCUUGAUCCCCAUUACCUACUGAUCGGUAGCUUUGCCGUCGGUCUAGGCUAUCUCUAUGCCAUGAAGUCUACGCUGCCAUGGUGGGGGUUUAUCAUCGCCAACUUGCUUCCUCUUCUCUUCAUGCUCUUCUUCGGCUCUCAAUAUGGGCUUACGGGAUUUCAGUUCAACGUGCAACCCAUCUGUCAGAUGUUGGCUGGUUACAUGUUCCCUGGCAGGCCGCUGGCCAAUCUACGACUUGCACAGCAGGUCCAUUUGUCUCCACGAUGCACUUUCUUCGUCCAAGUCGCAGGUUGCAUAAUUGGGGCUUUAUUCAACUACGUGAUGAUCAUUGUAUGCAAUCAAUCUGAAGUCCUGCUUUCCAUCGACGGUACCAAUAUCUGGAGCGAUUACCAGUUUAUUAGUCUGGCAAUCGCCUGGAGUCUCGCCAAGGACAUGUUCUCGAUCGGUGGUCGGUACCAAUGGGUCACAAUCUCCUAUCUGGUUGGCUUCGUCGUCCCUGUGCCCUUCUGGCUGGCGCACCGCAUCUACCCCUCUCGCAUCUUUUCGUACCUCAACACGUCGAUCAUCCUGUGGUACUUGGGCUGGCUUUUCGUUGGUAUCAAUGCCUCCAUCAUGACCUUUUUCCUAAUCGGGUUUGCCGCCCAGUUCUGGCUGCGUCACUACCACCCACACUUGUUCUACAAAUACAGUUACGUGGUCUCGGCCGCCCUAGAUGGGGGCACCCAGGUCUGCGUCUUCAUCCUUACCUUCGCUGUAUUUGGUGGUAGUGGGACUGAGCACGCUUUCCCGACCUGGACGGGCAAUCCAGAUACGAGCAUUCAUAACUUGGAUUACUGCAAGGUGAACCCCGCGACACUGUAG